UCAUAUAUGAAGAUGAUUGUUCUGAUGCCGUGCCCUUUGUACCUCCAUCAAAACCUUCCACCCCAACCACUACUGGUGUUUCACAUGACAGCUUAACAGUUAAGGUAUCUGAACCAGACUCUGCCACUGUAGAGUACAGAGUAGAAUACAGAAUGAAACAGGAACAGGAGACUGAAUGGGCAUCUCACCCAGUGCAGAAGAACCAGGAGGCAGUAACUCUGUCAGGACUGAAGCCAAAGACUGAGUAUGAGAUCAGAGCCACAGCUGUGGGGAAACUCGGCUAUGCUGUGAGCAGUGAUGUCUGCAGUGCUGUAACCCUCACAGCAGUUGGUCCACCAACACAGGUAAAACUUACUGAAGAAAAAGCUAACUCCAUCACUCUGACAUGGAGAAAUCCAUCCGUCCAACAAUAUCAAUCUGUAAAAGGGUACAUCAUUGAGUUCAGAGAGGAAAAUAACCAUCAGUGGCAGAGGAGAGAUACCAGGAAGGAGGUGUACACAUUUACUCUAGACAACCUUAAACAGAAUACGGCCUACUCCAUCAGGAUGUGCACAGAUGUUGGUGUUGGAGUAAGUCAGCCUGGGGAAGAAUUAAAAAUUAAAACUAAGAAAGCACAACCGGAUAUGGCGAAGUUCACUCUGCUCCCAGAAGAUGAUUUGCUCCCACGAGUCUACCUACUAAAUAUGAAACCAGCUAAAGCUGGUCAGCUCAACAAGAAGGUUUUUGGAAGCGCACCAACAGAAAAGCAAUCAAACAAAACCAUCAUGGUUGUUGGUGCCACUGGAUCUGGCAAGUCCACCCUCAUCAACGGCAUGAUCAACUACGUUCUUGGAGUUGAAUGGGAGGACAACUGGAGAUAUAAACUGAUAGAUGAACAAACUCACAAAACACAAGCGUGCAGUCAGACCUCGGAGGUCACAGCCUAUGAGAUUUACCACUCAGAUGGAUUCCAAGUUCCAUACUCUCUCACAAUCAUUGACACUCCAGGGUUUGGGGACACCAGAGGAAUCAAACAAGACAAAGAAAUCACAGAAAAAAUAAGAAAUUUUUUCUCAGUCAAGGGUGGAAUUGAUACAAUUGAUGCAGUGUGCUUUGUAGUGCAGUCUGCGUUACCUCGUCUGACACACACACAGACAUACAUCUUUGAUGCCAUCCUCUCCAUUUUUGGGAAGGACAUCGCCACCAACAUCAUUGUUCUGGUGACCUUUGCUGAUGGCAAAUCUCCCCCAGUACUGGAGGCAAUCAAAGCUGCCAACAUCCCAUGUGCAUUAAAUGAUGGGUCCCCUCUUCAUUUCAAAUUCAACAACUCUGUGCUUUUUGACAAAAAUACAGGAGCUAGCAGUGAUGAGGACAACUUUGAUUCCAUGUUCUGGAAGAUGGGUAAAGCCAGCAUGAAUAAAUUCUUCAGUCAUCUAAACUUGAUGGAAUCCCAGAGUUUGACCCUGACAAAGGAAGUUCUCAACGAGCGCAGACAGCUUGAGGCAACUGUUGAGGGGGUGCAGCCAAUAAUACGACUAGGUUUGUCAAAACUGGAGGAAAUAAACACCACAAAAGACGCACUGCAAAACUGCGAGACCCACAUGAAGGAAAAUAAGGACUUUGAUUAUGUAGUCAUAGUUGACAAAUCUGACAAGAUUGAUAUUCCACCAGGAACCUUCAUCACCAACUGCCAUGGGUGCAACUUCAGCUGCCACUAUCCUUGUAGUAGAUCAAAGGAUGCAGACAAAAGUGGCUGUGCUGCAAUGAGAGGUGGAAAGUGCACAGUGUGUCCCGGGAAAUGCCACUGGAGUGAUCAUUAUAACAUGACUUACCGAUGGGAGAUAAAACGUGAACCAGAGAAGAGGACGUAUCAGGAUCUGAAGAAAAAUAUGAGAAGCACUGGGAAGGAAGAUGGAACAGAGAAAAAUCAUUAA